AACAAACAGUGGCAAAAUGAAUUGUUGAUUUUUUGUAUCUACUUAAAGAAAAUUGUCAUCUCCUAGUAGAUGAUAAUGUGUUCACGCAAUAAAAAUAGAUUUUCGUAGCAAAGAGGGUAUGCUGAAGAAAAUUCUCCACCACAGACGCUGCUAGAAAAGUUCGUUAAAAUGGACAACAUUCUAACUAUGUCCCCUCUUCUGGGGUCAGAAUCCGGACUGUCGUGGCCAACAACACAACCCGCCAUGGCUGCGCCGUGGAAUUACAGCAGUCAUGUUAAUUUAAAAGAUUUGAAAAUGGACAGCAAUUUUGCCUGGCUUCUCUGCUCUCUUGUAUCUGCUAUGGCUUGGGUUAUAUAUAUAACAUAUUAUAGUUCAAGAGUUAUUGGUCAUUUGCUUACUUAUUUAUUGAACCGUUUUUUUAUUCAAGAAGGGCAUUUUAAAGUUGGAUCAUUUACAUGGAAUGUCCUGUCAGGGAAAAUAAUGUUCAGGGAUGUUUCUUAUAUUACUUAUGACUAUACUCUUAGAGUUCAAGAUGGUUAUCUCAUAUUUAGAUGGUGGCGUUCCUAUGUCCCAAAAGAUGUAUCAGAAGACCUCUCUCACUCUGACACAAGAUUAUCUGUGAUGCUCAAUGGUUUUGAGCUUCAUGUCUACAACAGAUCUCAUAUGUAUGCAAGACUUGAAAAAGUCUUUGGUUUGGAAUCACAGCUUUUUCCUGGAGAGAGUCCAUUCAAAGAUGAUGCUGAUGCCUCUGCCACCACUGCACAACAACAAAGACCUCAGCCUGGUGCCAUGUUAGGGAAAAGUUGGAGGGAUUUAAUACCUGUCAUCAAGGUUGAUGUCUCAUCUGGUAGAGUAGUCUUUGGAAAUAGACUUGUUCCUACCACAUUAUCUGUAAAUGUAGAAGAAGCCCAUUUCGUUUAUUCAACCAAGCCUGCUGCAUCCAGACUUGACCAUUUCAUGCAUUUCACCAAAUGUAAAGCAGAAAACUUCAAAGUAAUCUUGGCACCCAGCCCAAAGUACACUGGCAUGGUGGAUGAUCCACCAAGGUACAUGGGGGAGGGUUUUGUUGUUUUGUCCUCAAAUAACAUGGACUUGUAUUAUUAUAUGGAUGAACCAGGAGUUGUGCCUGAGAGACCAGAAAUGUUGAGAUUAGCUAAUGGAGACAUUGUGGAAUCUGCACCUCCUAUUUGGGGUAUGGACAUAAAGUGUGGGAAAGGAACAGACUUCAGCUAUGGACCUUGGGCUGACCGACAAAGGGAAAAUCUUUUCAAAUUCUUUUUCCCUAAUGACUACCAAUCUAUGAAAGUAACCGAACCUUUAAAGCCUGGUGAAAAGCGACAAGUUCAGUCCUUUGACAUACGGUUAAGUACUUUAAAUGAAGCCACCAUUGACAUUCUUUUCUCAAAAAACAAGGAAACAAAUGCUGUACAUAUCAAUAUUGGCCCGGGUUCAUACCUAGAAGUUACAAUACCUUGGAUAGUACAACCAGAUGGAUACACAACCAAAGUAAACGGCCAGUUACUGCAUCUUGAGGCUUCAACCAGUUUGCAGUACCGCAGUCUGGUUGAAAGUGAGACUUUAGAAUUUGGUAUUAAGUGCCAUUAUCCUUUAAAAUGGAAUGAUCAUCAAGAAUGGAUACUUAACCUGACAGGCUGCAAAGCAACUGUAAAUCUAAUUUUUGCACACAAAGGCUUUUUUCAAGAUAUGAUCAAUGACUGGGCCAGCAAAGCUCGCCCAGAUCUACUGCAUUUUAUUCCAUAUACUUGGAAAUUAUCUCUUCUUCUUAAGGAGUUUGAGCUUAUAACCUUGUGUAAUGAAUACAACUGGAUUGAUUGUUCAUCUCAAAAUCAAGAAAACUCUCAUAUUGCAUUCUGUGGGGAUUUAUUUGAUCUGUCCUUUGACCUUCCAUUUGUGGACUUCUUACCACCCACAGUUCCCUUACGCUUUUGGAUACAGGGAGAAAGUGUUGAUCUGACCCUCUACCUACCCGAGGUGAGCAGUAACAGAAAUGUUCUUUUGGCUUUGGACUCAAAUGCAAAAAUUCUUGGGAGGGAUGGUAAUUUAAGACAAAAAUGUGAACAUGUCAGGCGGUGGAGAAAUGUUUGUCAACGCAGCACGGGUUGGGUUGAUUGUUGGUCUGUUCCAAUUGUUGCUUUGAGCAUUCACUACACUUAUCACCCAGCUCCACCUUUGGGACCACCCCCUCAAGCUAAUAUCACCACACCUGAGAAGGAAGAAAUUUUGUUAUCUCCCAUGAGAAUACCUCAUGGUCGAAAAACAUCUCAAAUGCAAUGGCAGCAGCUUCAGGAUAGUUCUCAAAAGCUAGAUCCUACAACAAUGCCAGCAGAUAUAGUGUUAGUGGAAUUGGAAAUUGGUCCAUCAGUGAUGUUACUGUAUGGUUCUUUACUACGUAAUUUCAUGCAUUUGAAGGAAAACAUAUUUGGAGAGGAUCAGAGUUUUACUGAUAUGAUGCAAAGCCAAAGCCCAGCUCCAAGCUCUCCAGUUCCGGGGGCCACGGGCAAUGCCCCUUCAGCCAGUGCUGGAGCCUCUACUACCUCACAGCCUCAAAUACAAAUAAGAAAACAUGCUGACUGUAGGGAAUACAGACCUAUGCAAGUUACUGUUUCCGUCACCAUGCAUGACAUUCAAGCUCAUCUUGUAAAGAACUGCGGGGAAAAGGAUCCUCCAUGUCCCAUCAUUCUUGUUGAACGUUUUGGAUUUGAAAUGAAAAAAUCAUUUAGGGAAACCAUUUUGCAAGUCUUGGUCUCUCCCUCCUUCCUCAUAAGUUCUGAUCAUGCGCUACGCCCAGGUAGAGAAGGUCAUUUGAAUCAAGGUCAUUUGAUGUUGUCUUCAUUGCAAGUUCGACAUCAUGCUAUGUUCAGUGAUGAAGGCCGGUCUCUUGAUGAAGAUACAUUGGAAUAUUCCUGGUUAGUUGAAGUUCAGUUAGGAAAAUUGAGUGGAAAAUUAACAGCACCUCAGUUGCACCAUCUCAUUACUGGACUGGAAACUUUUGUAAUGUUGAUAUGUGAUUCUGAAAAUAACAUGAGACCUCCUCGGACUCCUAAGCCAUGCAUGCAUGGUUUGCCCCCUCUUUUAUGUUCAGAGUCAGAUAUUGAGACGCGGUACUCAUGCCCUACCAGUGACCAAGUAAAAUACAGAAUGACCAGAGUUGCCAUUGAUGAAAUAGAUAUAUACCUGUUGGAACAAAGUACAGCUAUUGAACUUUGGGCUAGUCCUAUUCGUGUUUCUACCUGUAAUCUCCAUGGAAAUCGAAUCAAAUCUGGAGUUACAGCUCUUUUGCCUGCAGUGGAGCUUCAUCAAUUUGUAGCCAGUGGCAGUCAUCUGAAUGGUCCUGCAGGCAGCAGCACCAACACCACGGGCAGUGGUAGCGCUCGCAGCCAACAGGCCAGCCAGCAUGGAAACAAUGGGAAAGGCUCAGGUUUGGAAGGCUGCCCUGAGUUGUGGCUUGAAGUUGGAGCUGUUUCAUUUGGGCCACUAGUAGUAGAAGCUGCUAUAGCUCUACCAUCUCUGCAGCAUAGUUUGCAUCUUGUGCAACAUAAGUAUUUAAAGGUCCAUGAUGAGCGCACCAGGCGCCUAUGGUUUUUGUGGGGUACUGAAAAUAAUGCAAAUGGAAAAUCCCCCGCCAAGUGUGGCUGUAUUGGUGGAUGUGCUUUCUUUGGGAGCAACCGUAAUGGUCCACGCUUUUUCAAGCCAUGUCGACAAGAUACUACUGAUGGAGUGAACACUGCUUCCUUCAGGAUUUUUGAGGGGAGUAAAGAUUAUGGAUAUGGACAGAGUAUACUGCAUGAAGGCUCUCUUGUCUUCCACACCCCUCCAUAUGGGUCACAAGAUGUCACGCUCUAUGACCCAACAUUCUCAUGUAGAGGAGCUAACCCUCCAACCUGUUUCAAUGGAGUACCUCCAAAGGUUGUCUCAUUGGACCCUGGAGAGAGCCCCACAAUGGUCAGUACUGCGUCUCCUGUUUCUCCCAGUCCAGUUGGGGAUAAGCGCUCGAUGAACAGACGCUUUUCUUACACAUCAUUAGCUAACAACAGGGGCCAAACUCCACAGCUGCUCCGUGAUGUGCCAUAUGCCCGUCUUGUAGACAGUGGUGUCUCUAAUCUUCUUCCUCAAAAGUUGGAUUCUGAUUCUAAACUGCACACAGAAAGAAGUAAAUCAAUAUUGAGUGUACCUGAAGCUGAACUGACUCCAAAGUGCAGUGUGUCUGAUUCCAAGCUUGCUGUUGAUUACUUCAAUUCUACUCGUAACCUUGUCUACAACCAGGUACAGGCAGCACAAUCUCCCUUAGGACCUCUCCCCUCAGAUUCAAACCACUCUAUUGAAGAAGUGCUUCAAGAAGUUCAACGUACAUUUUCAAUGGGAAGUGAAAAUCCAUCUGAGCUUUUUUAUUCAGCUGAUGAAGAUCUAAGUAGUUUGGCUGGAGGUGCUAGUGGAAGCACAGCAUUCAGUAGAAAUAGUUCAUUACAACAUUCAGGAUCCACUCUUCAUAAGCAAGAAAUAAAUGGGGUUCAGAGGAGAACAUAUGGGAGCCAGCAAAGUAUGAUUGUAACUAGCAGCACUACACCUGUUAUUCCUGACCCAGUUGACACUCGGAGCUCUCUUGACUUGGGAGUGGUUGCCAGAGAGGAAGAAAAGAGACGUUCACCCAGCCCACGCAUUGUUAAUGGACAUGGUGUAGAGGCUGAGGGACAGCAUAUUGAAAGUCAUCUUUUAGAUUCAUCAGAUUCACCAUCUGUUUCUAGUACAUCAUUUCUAUCAGCUGUGUCAUCUCAGGAUGAUUUGGCACUAGUGAAUCUCCAUAUGCAAGUCAACAAACCUAUAGUAGACUCUCCUCUCUUGAUGUCUAGCUAUGUGAACCAUCUUUCACAGGUGAGUUGUGUGAACUGGUCACACAAUUCCUUACCUUGUGGAUGCGAUGCAUUAACUGCUCCAAUGCUUCAACGAACUCAUGAAGGACGAUUAAUAUAUAUUGGUGGGAGAUACGUUCCUCACUUUGAAUUUUUGACUGAGGGCUUCACUUCUUUGAAAAUGGUAAGCCGUAAUAAUGAUUCUCAUGGCACCCCACCACCUCCAUCAAGCAAGACUCCAACCCAUCCCUACUCCUGGGGUGACAGUCCUAAUAUGCAGAGCACCAAAACAAGUGGUGAAAGCAACACCGAUUGUGAGGAGGAACUUUUGGCUCUCCACACAGAGAUGGGAACUCGAACUACAGUAAUUGUCAAGUUUAAAGGUGAUGUUGAUAUCAUGCUGAGCCCUUUGGUGUUGGAAAGUCUGCAGAGGUUUAUUGAUGCCUUAACUCCAACCUUUGCAUCUUUGCAUCCUUUGACUGUUCUCAACCAUUUGCACAACGAAUGCAUUAGUUCAGUUUGUGCUGCUAAUGUGCUGAAACAUGACCAGUCCUUGUCCUAUCUCUCUCAACUACAAGCUAGCAGCAAACACAGUACUGCUCAACGAGAGAUAAGUGCUCCACCACCAACUAACUCCUAUGAAGAGUGUAUCUACACUCAAACUCAGGGCACUAUUCACUUUCCCAAGGUCAAUGUUACUUUGCUUCAAGCCUCACUUGUAGAAGAAAUUAUUUCCUUUGCUGCCCUUGAUAAUCUUCGAGAUUUGACGUGUGUCUCUUUGUUUGCUGUUUGCUUGGACACAGUUACAGUUAGGUUCCAUGUUGGGAAGCAGACAAGAGAGGUUGUUCAGACACUGAACAGGCCAGUUGUUCUCCCUGCCAAUAAGAAGUCAACUAGUGGUUACAAAGGUCUACGCCCAUUUUUGGAGGGUUUGCAAAUGCAGGGAAGGGGAGUUGCUCGCAAUAAAAUUGGAGCUGAACCAGUGUACAUUGAAACCUCUGAUAAGCAAUUGGAGGAAACCAUUGUUGCUUUGAAUGUGGGGAAGGUCCAUGCUCAGUUAAGACGCUUCCGCAAUGAAAGUUCUAUUUUGAAAGAUGCUGUCAUAACUGCUAUUCCCGAACACUGCUCUCGUGUGUUGUUUACAUGCGCACGUGUUGUGUCUCCAAGUAGAGGACUACACUCAGAACCAUCCCCACAGGAGAAGGAAAAUGCUUCUGGGCCUGUUGCUGAGGAACGCUUAGGAUUUAUUAUGUUUGAAUGCGGACUUGAAGGAGUUUCAAUCAAGGUUGUUAAACGCUCUCAAUUGGACAGGAAAGAGGGAGAGAUAGAAGACAGUGAAGUAGAAGUAGCUUACACUGAUUCUGUCAGGUCCCGUGAUGACUUAGAUGCUGCUGGCGAGUACAAUAACCCUCCUCGGUUUUCACAUGCUGACGACACAACUUCGGCAAAAGGCACUAAGCUACCUGGAAAACAAACACUUUCUUCUGUUCCUGAGGGAAGCACUGGAAGUGCUGCUUCCGGACCUCAGCCUCCAUAUGCAGAUGUUGAUGCAGCUGCCAGCACAGCAACCAGUAGUGCUGGCAAUGCCCAGCUCCUUCCAGCACGAAGUUGCAAUCAUGCAAAUACUUCUUCAUGUGUUAUUGAACUGCAUAAGGUUUGGUUUAACUUUGCAGCACCGCCAAGAACCCCAAUAACAAGAAAAAUUGACUUUACUCGACUUGAUUGGAAUUUGCUUAGCACAGCAUCUCCCGCUAUCAAUGCAUGGAUGAAUCCAAGUAAUCGUCUGGCUAUUAGAGUCGUGCAUAUGUUCCGCUCUAAGUAUCGAAGAGCUACUGCUAUUGUGUCCAGUCUCAUGGCUGAAGCACUUGAUGUCCAAAGUAUUCAUAUGCCAGUGAAAAGUCGCUAUGGACGUUUGACCCCAAUGGCAAAGACCUUAGUGGAAGAUCCAUCCUGCCAGCUUUGUAAUGUCCUCCUUAAAUAUGUGCUCCAAACAGAUAUGGCUAGCAUUGAAGCUAAUUUACGGGAGAGUGACUUACCUCAUUUAUCAACUCUUCGCCAAGGAGUUAUUGUUCUUAGUCGUCAAUGGAAGAAUGUACUAUAUACUCCACUGUUACUGGAACACAAUUUUAAAAGUAAACACAUCAAACCACUUAAUGUCACUUUUGCUGUCCCAGAUCUGCAAGAUGAUGAAAACAUACUGACCGAUGGUGAACUUUCUGUAACGGAUGAAUGUGCCAUGCUCAUUGAAACAGCCCAGCAUGUUCAUGCCUCUAAUACAUUGACAUCACCAACACUGACUCCCCGUGCAGAUGACGGAGAUGGAGCAACUACACAGUCCUCUCCUCAUGAUGCCAGGAAAAAGAAGGGAAAGAAGAAGGGCUUAGCUCCGUCCCAGGCACCAUCAUCAUGUAGAGCCAGCAUAGUGUUCCCCUUGCUUACUAGCCAUGUAGGUCAUCGCAAAAGCGAUGCUGAUAAGGGUGUGGGCUAUGGUGCUCUGAAAGAGGAUCAGCAACGUUCACCAAUUGCACACAUGCUUGGAUCAAAUCCCAGUAUUUAUUCAGGUGGAGCCCAUGGAAGCAACCACUCCUUAGCCAGCCAAGAAUACCACAAUUCAAAUUUGUCCCCUCCUGCCCCACCAACUAACUAUGAACCCAAUGAAGACUUAUAUAGCUGGAUGACUAAGCAGCAGGUCUUUAUGAAGGGCAGUGAACAGACUCAUCAAGCUUCCGAUUGGGAGUCUAAGAUUAACACCAUGACUACUGAAGAGACCAUUGAACAGCCUUGUGAUGCUACUGCUGCGGCAGUUGCUGCUGGUUACAGUUUAUAUCCUAUUCACGAUUCUCUGAGACUGCUGGAUGCACAUCUCAUAUUUGAACCUCUGCUGUCAAGCCUUGGUGUUGUACCUCAACAAAUGGUCAAUAAUGCAGGAACUGCCAACAAUGAGUCAUCAGCUUUUGAAUCGUGGGGCUCAAAUUUGACUCUUGUUGGUAGUAUGGAUACUAUGAGGAUUGAUAUUGUUGUAAGUGAAGCUGGAAAGCCUGCCGAAAAGAAACGUAACAAAUCAACAGCUAACACAAAAACAACCAAAAGCCAAGGUUCCAAGAUAUUUUUGGACAUACCCACAGACACACCUGCCUUUUUAUGUGAAAAAGUAGCUGUUGAACUGGAUUUGAGGAAAGUUGCUGACAUGACUGUUGAUGACUUGGUGCAGAGGCAGAAUGUUUUGUACAUAAGUCGUGGUCAACUAAAGAAACACACAAGCACAACGGUCAAUAUAAAUCUGAAUAUUCGCUACAUUUCACAGCAGGUUAAUAUGCCACUCUUACGUUUGUUGCAUCAAAUAAGUAAUAUGUAUCAGAAUGUAAAAGAAACCCAAAUGGAGCUAAGGGAACAACAACCAGAAACCACAAAACGAGACUCUCAACCAUCAACAUCUGGGGCUCCGUUAGCCUCUAACCAUUCUGGCACCAUAGGUGCUGGCCGGUCUCACUUUGUUACAGAUUCUGCUGUGGCUGCUCCCUCAUACAUGGGUGGUCAAAGUAGCCUUUUCCCUCGUUCACACAGUCAAGUUAAAGUCACAUCCCCAGCAGGUAGUAUUCGCUCAUCAGUUAGAUCUGCCAGUAUGCAAUCAGCAAGUGUUCGAUCUACUCUACGCCAUCAGAGCUUAGCUCAAAAGCUACGAUCUACCAGCAAAAGCGUUAAAGGGUAUAUGAACCUUUCUGAAGGAGUAGAAUGCCUCAGUCCCUCAGGGUCUGCUCUGGAAAGUAUUGUUGCAGCUAAACUUAUUGACCCAAAUAAUGCAACACCUCGAUGCUGGAAAACUGUUUACUAUCUUCUCGAUCUUUAUGCCACUAUGCCUGAAACCAAAACUAUUCCUCAUCGGUUGUCUGUUGUUGGAAAUCCUGAUGGAAGUGCGCGAAAAUAUGAUAGAUAUGAUAAGUUUGAAGGUACAGAUGAUGUUGAGAAGGGAAGCACAGUUGGUGACAAUAUGACAGCUUCUACACCUGUCAUUCAAGAUAAACCAAGAGAGCUUAGUGUAUUGACUGGGGAGAGAACACGACUCAUAGUGUUUGGUGUUGCUCGUAUCCAUCGGACAAGAUUACUUGCAACAUUAAGUGGACUAAAACUGGAGGCAGAAAUUACUAGUCUUCAUUCAAGUUUCAGUUGUAGGAAGAAAACACGACCAGCAAGCCUAGAGUGUUCUCUCAGUGGACAAGUGGGGCGUACAAUGAUUGUCUUGCUGGAAGGAGUUGCUCCUAAUCAACAAACUGUUGUCAAAGUGACAGUUGGAAAGUCUCAAAUGUUGUACUCAAGUAUGACAAAACGCUCCAAAGAUAAAAAUUCAGGUCUAUUAACAGUUGGGGCUGUUAAUAUUGACAUUCCUCAGCAUCCUGUAGCACUGCAUGGUAUGAUGACUCGAGGUAGCAAACAACUGUCAUCGACUUUGCAGGAAUUGCGAGUAUCUCGUGCUACUAGUCGUGUUAGUAGAGGAACUGCUCCAGAGGAAAGUGAGAUCCAGGCUCCACAACAGUCUCCCUAUCCUUCUGAGGCUCAAGCAACCCCUAGUGGAGUUCACCCACCCUCUGCAAGACCUCAACCAGAGUCCAAUCUUCUACAGCCUCUUGUUAUGCAGUUCUCUGUGGUCCUUCAGAGUUUAAGCAUUACUGCAGCUCUCCUGCCCUCUUUGCAAGCUCAGUACAAAAUGGAUCAAGUUAUGAGUGCUGGUGUUACGGGAAGCAAAGCUAAAUUCACUAUUGACUUGGCUCAACACUCUCUUUCCUUUACCACAAAGCUGCAAGUUGCUGAGGCUAAUCUUCCUCCUGAAGCCAACAUCCCACUUCCGCAUGUUCAUGUAGCUGCUGAAUACAUAACUGACAACAAGAAUCCUAAUGAAUCUAAUUUUGCUGAUGGGGUUGUUCUUCGACAAGGUGCAUAUUUGAGUGCUGUUGCUGAUAUUGGAGAGUUUGAGAACACACUAACUACGGACCUCUUAAACACUUUGGUGUUUGUUCAAAAAGUAUUUAUGAAAGAAGUUAAUGAAGUUGUUCAGAAAGUGUAUGGAGGAGAAAAGCCUGUGCCUAUUUGGCUGGAAGGUGAAGAAACAUCUAGCUCAGCCAUUGAUCGCAUUUUGUUUUCCUUGGCAAUUCGUAUUAAGAGAAUACAAUUGACAGCGACAACACCCACAAGCUCGGCUGUCCGCUUAGAGACAGGAAUGGUCGAAUUUCAACUCUCUAAUCGAGUUCAAAAUGUAUCUGGUGGUCAAACUGCUGGGAAAAUGUUUGGUAAAGCUACGGUGGAUAUCAAUUUAAGCCUUGGACAACUGCUGCGAAACACUGUCUUUGAUGAAGCUGACAUUGAAUUUCAGCAGUAUGCAUUCUUCAAGACAACUAUUGGAUUGCGAAAUGCCUUUCAAGAUGAAACUACCACAUCUCAAGGAGACAUAGCAGACAAGGAAGUUGUGCUGAUAACCCUUAAGAGACCAUUAAUUUAUAUUCAACCCAUGGCUGUAGAUAAGGCCAUACUAGUUUGGCUGAAUUACAAAAACGCAUAUGAAUAUUGGAAUGAACAGCGCUCCAAUCUGACCAAAGAAGUGUUGACAGCCACUCAGCAAGUAUUUGACAAGAUGGCUCUAAAUCAACUUACAAAUCAGAUGACAACUCCACAUUUGGGAACUCUAUUCCUUCAGCUGACAGUGGAAGACAUGGGCAUUUGUGUCCCUCUCAAUCCAUUACCACUGGCAUCUUGGGGCCUGAGCCGCCGUAAGAUGUUUGCUGAUACAGAAACUGGUGGAGCUGUCGUUGUAACCCUUGAAAACACAAGCAUUUCUGCGUGCAGUAGUGGUUCUCUUGUCAGUAAAGGCCGCUUUGUUGGCCUUUGCUUACGCUUCACAGAUGAUUUUGAGAUUUCCUGGGAUGACUGGAAACCUGACAUGAAUGAUACAAACCUCAUGAAUCUUUGUGUGGUCUCAGAUGGAACAUAUGAAGUGUGCAGUCGCACUAUUGCUCAAAAACAAGGGGGAGAAAAUGCGAAGUGGAUAUUAAAUGUUGGGUGGCAAAUGGAGGGUGUAGACAUUCAUGUUGAUGUCAAUGUUGGGAAACAGUUGUCUGCUUUAGGUCAUACCCUAACCAUGCUGACUGGAACUGAGCAGGAUGAUGACACUGCAACUGUAGAAUCUGACUCUGACGAAACAGACCAUACUGAUGGGCAGCGUGCCUCAGAAAUUCCUAGCCGUGCUGAAACUCUCAGUGUAAGAAAAUCACGAAAUAUGAUGGACAACUUGCCAGCAUUUGUCUUUGAUCCUUCAUUGGAUGCAAAGGAACGCUCAAAGUUGAUUGAGAAAGAAAUGAACGAACAGGCUAAAAUUAUAUCAGAUCUUCGUUCCCUUGGUGCUUCCCAUGGAACCAUUGAACAAGAAAUGAAGAGACUCCAAGAAUUAGAAGCUAUGGUGUUUAAGGACUUUAGAAGGGAUAUGAUACAAAAGCUCAGAAGGCAAAGUGUAAAAGCUUCUUCAAUAAAGGGCAAAUUUGGGCUUGGAUCAAAGACAUCUACCUAUCGCUCCCGGUCUUUUGUAGUUCCUUCUCCUAUGGCUGAACAAAAUGAAGCUGAAAGCCCGGAGGAAAAGAGUGUGUGUGGAGAGUCCCCUGGGUCUGGACCGUCUCGCUCUGCAUCGUUGCGUAUGAGAGGCAUGACUGCUCCAAAAGUAACUUUUAGUGAUUCUCAUACUAUUUGCAGGCAAUCGUCUUUGCCUAGUGCUAGUUCUGAUUUAAGUCUAGACUGGACCCCAGGAUCCUCCCACAUAGAUGUAGAUGGUGAGAGGGUGGAAUUGCGGAGAAAGCCGAAUACAUUGGCUACGCCCAGUCAGAGUCAAGAUUCAAUAGAUGGAUGUGCACCCCUCCUUGAGCCAAACCCACGUGCAGAACCAGGGGGGGCAUCAAGUCCUAUGAGUCCCUACAUGACAGCAAUGCAGAAACCACAGGAGCCAAAUAUUGACUUUGAAUUAGACGUGAAAGUUCUUAUUAACAGUGGAAAAUGUGUCUUGCACACAAAGGAUGCAAGCAAAGAUGCUAAGGAAGAUGAAGUAAAACUGUCAAGUAGAAUGAAAAAGGAAAGAAGUUGCUCUGGAGGAAUGCUAGAGUUUCCACCUCCAAGCCCUAAUAUGAGUCGGAGAGCAACCAAGGAAACCAAGGGAGGUACAUCAACCACUCGCCUUCGCUAUCUUAAUACUGGUACACCUAGUUCAGUGGCUCAGCUGGUGGAUCUAACAGUUUUCCAUAUACCUGGUCUUGAUGUGAAGGUUCAUUAUGAAUCCAAAACAUUAAAUGAAGAAAAUAUUUCCCCUCGCUCUUCCACCGAUCACACUUACAAUCCUUUGGGUGUACCACUUCCCGGUGGUCUCGGCCUACCUUCUGCCGCUCGCCGGUCAAGCACCAAGAAGGCAAGCUUAUUUGCGUGGAUGACUCUUCAGAGUAUUCCAGAAGAAACAAUAAUAAGCCCCCAUAUUCUUGAAUUUUUGGAGCAAACUUUGGAGCCAAUUCCUUCUCUUCUUCCAAAAUCCACACUAUCAAAUCCAGGAUCAAUGAAUGCCAUGUUCUCUAUGGAUAAUCCAUCUGAUUCUGCUCCACUGUGGGGAUCGGGUGCUGGGACAGGCUAUGUGUAUUCCUCAUUCCCUGUGGAUGUGAUAGUAUACUUUCACAUGCAACCGUCUACAUUUCGGUUUUCAUGUCUGCCCGUUUCUCGUGUUGAGUGCAUGUUGCAGUUACCAUCCUUAGACAUUGUGUUUUCAUCUAAAAGAGCUGAGGAGGAACUACAGAGUGAAUUUGGUGAUGGUCCAUCCAAAAUGUCCUCUGCUCCAUCAGCUGUGGGAGGUUUGAGUGUAACAGGCUGCUUGGCUGAUUUCUCUGUUUAUAUAUUCCAUCCUUAUGGUGGCAAAAAGACAGCAGCUUCUAAAGAGGCUCAGUGGUCUCCACUAGCUGACAGUGAACGCAAAGAUUCAUUAAGCAUUAAUGUGGAGUUUGUAAAAGUUCACCUUUCACGUAGCAGAAAACUGAAUUUUGGUGUUGAUCCACCGAAAGGAGGAAGAGAUCAAAGUCAAGCUUGUAUCCGCUUUUCAUCGAUCAUUGAUAUUGGUUCAGCCUCAUUCAAAUAUGACAUGAGAAGAUUAACUGAGAUAUUAGCAUUCCCAAAAGCAUGGUACAGGCGAAGCAUUGUUCGUCGUCUAUUCCUGGGUGAUUUGAGCAUGGGUGCUGCCUUUAGCGAUGGAGAUGAUUCCCCAAGUGGGAGUUUUGAUGGAGAUACUUCUUAUCAAGUUAAUAAUACAACCCUCGGCCCAAAAAGCAGAGAUAAGUUGAGACUUAAUCUGGACACUUCUGCUAAUCAGUAUUCUCCCUUUUCUGAUACAAAGAGAUGGAGUCUAGAAGGAAAGUCAGGCACAGCAUGGGAAACACUAGUUCUCUUUGCAAUCAAUUUCACAAAAUUGAAUGUUCAUAUGAAUAUGGGCAAUGUCAUGGGGAAUGUUACGUGGUUAACUAAAGAUUUCAAAUCAGAAGGCCGCCUUUCAAUUGGUAGUACUGGUCACAAAAAUAUGUUUAUAGGUGUUGGUUUGGGAGGUUCUAGUCUUGAUGCAAAAGGGGGUAUUGUUGGUGGUACAAUAGAACUCAGUAAAAUUGAUACCUACAUUCACAUCCGUGAGGAUCCUGGGACUGAACCUGAUCAUAAAGUGGGACUUAAGUUAUUUGCCCUUGAACUUCGUCUUGAUUAUAUGGGCACUGGUGUUUUAAUGAGUCGUGUUAGUGCAUUAGACAUUUCCUUAAGGGAUGAAUGGAAAAUUAGUAAAAAGCAUUCAGAGGAUGCUGCAAAUCCAACAAGAAGGCCAGCAAUGAUAUUCAUGCAUGGUGAUAUGGGUUGGGAUCAGUUGCAAGUGAUGAUUUCUAAGUCAACAACAGCCGAUCUCCUUAAGAUGUAUUAUAAACUUGAGGAGUUUUUCAGUCAGCAAUUUAAGAGUAGCAAGCGCGUGUUUUCCUCAUUUCAACCUCGUGCACGCUCAUCCUCAUUCAGAAAGAAGCAAUCAGGACACACACAACCACGUCAGAAAAAAAUAUCUACGGACAGUUCCGGAAGCAGUGGCCCAUGGUCCAUUCAAGAUGCUAGACAUCAUCGCCAUUGGCAGGGUGCAUUAGCUCAUGUAGCUGGCCUGCAAUUGCCCACCCUUCGCAUUCCUCUACCUCAGUCCGGUUCUGUUCUCGGUGGUACAAUGGAACUGCAUGGGCGUCAUAUAUCCUUAGCAUGUUUCCAUGGCAUUAAUUUUAAGUCUAAGAGCUGGGCCCUAUUCUCACUGAAGGAGCCAUGCAUCUCAUUUGCUACAGAAGCACAAGAAGUUCCAUCAGGAGAAACUGUUGACCACUUAGAUGUUCAUGUCGUGCAGACAUUAACAUGCAGUCUAGGAAUGACAGCAGAACAAGCUGCACAUGCUCAACACCACAGUAUGGCAACAGUCUGUCGCAUGUCCAGGAACAUUCUCUUCCCUCCUCAGUUCAAGACACUUCAGGAAUGGUUUCACUAUGCAUUUGUCAACAGUGAAAUGGAUGCUGUGGACCAAUUUCCAAGUUUAGAACGAGAGCGAACUGAAUCAACCAACACUGACCCAAGCCGAGGUACUCGCCCUACAACCAAGCCACAAGACCUUAAUCACACACGUGAAGUGAUUUUUGCCCUGCCAUCACUCCAACUGCACAUCAAAACAGAACAUCUACAGGCAGCAAGGACUCCAGACAACAUAGACCGGAAGCCAGUUGUUGAGUGCAGCUUUAUCACUGAAUUUGAAGACCAUAUAUUUGUCACUGUGGAUGCUGAAGCUUUCUUUUUCUUACAUGACCUCAUUACCUCAUAUGUUAAAGAAAAGGAAAGAGUGGUCAUUCAAGCUCAGAGUGGUUACCGAGCAAGUAGUCCAGACCCAGAGAAGAGACCUAAGGACUCCCAAAUGUCACCAAGUGGGAAUACCAACAGCAAUGGCAACAAUAGUACCUCUUCGUCAGAUACUGAGCCUAAACGCAAAGGAUUUGACCCUGCUGAUGUCUUUACUAAAGAUUGGCGUAACUACCACUGUACCACUUGGCAUCUUGAGCCCACAGUCAGACUUUUAUCUUGGGCUGGGAAAAGUAUUGAGCCCUAUGGAGUUGAUUACAUACUUCAAAAGUUAGGCUUUUCACACGCCAGAACAACAAUACCCAAAUGGGUUCAGCGUGGAUUCAUGGAUCCGCUAGACAAAGUUCUUGCAGUUCUUCUUCUCAGGAUGGUGACUGCUGUUUCCCCAAAUCAACUUCAUCUGCUACCUUCGCGCGAACUUCGUGCAGACCGCAACGAGCGUGCCGAACGAGAGCGUAAACAGUGAAGUGUCGCAAAUGCUAUUUGACAGGCGUCGUCCUACUUUUUAUUCACUAUUAUAUCUACAAUUUGGUGCAUAUGUCUUACUUAAAUAUUUAAUGUUUAUACUCAUAUACUGAAAUACUCUUAUAAAAGCGAUAGAAAUAUGUGAAACAGGGCAGCUAUGGAAGGAAUUAUUUUCAGGUUUGAUGUCAUGCUUUAGCUAGUCAAAAGGUUUUUCCUGUGUAUUAUAUUUUUAAUGUCUAGCCAUAUAUUAUUGGGUCAUUGUUAUGUAUUUUUUGCCAUUUAUUUUGGAUAUUCCUGUUGAUAUUUUUCAGCAUAUCACCAACACUGUGUGAUGAAGUUUCUACAACGUUUAUCUCUUUUGAUUUGUCAAUGCUUAUCCAAGAGAUCCUUAUCGACUCUUAUCAUGUCUUUAUUUUUAUUUGUCAUUUGCUCAGUUGUCAACAUAAAUUGGCUAUGUAUCAAUAAGGAGUAGCUUCUACAAGUGAAUUUGUAUUCUAUGUAAAUACUGUGAGUCUGUGAUCUAUGUUUCUUCAAUUAUAUAAUUAUUGCUGUCUGUUUUAGGCACAUCUAGAAUAUCAUGCUGAUACUCUGGUGGUAUAUCCUUGUUCCUGAACCUAUAGCUUUUCCUUGAGGGUUAGAGCAGUUCUCUCUUUCUUUUUUUUUUUUUUUUUUCAA